AUGUCUCAUCAACAUAAAACCGAAUCCCAGUCGGGUAUUGGUGAUAUGUUUCGACGAAACCGACUUCUAUUAGACAUUAAGGAACUCAUGGAAAAGCCUUACCCCAAUAUCGCUUUGCACAUCAUCGAGGACGACCUUGAGAAGGCAUGUUUGGUCCUUACGCCUCCUGAAUAUAAGCCCUUGCACCUCACCAUACGAUUUACGCCUCAGUACCCUCUAUAUCCACCAUUGGUCAGGAUGGACUCGGAUGUUUAUCAUCCUAAUGUCUAUAAUGGUUUCAUAUGUGCCACCAUUCUACGUCACGGCGCCGAGUACACACCUGCAUAUACGCUCAAGGGCAUAGCUAUCCAAUUACUUAGCUUUUUCUCAAGCAACGCCGUCGAGCAAGAACACGGAGGUGCGAAAAAGCAACUAUCCGGGUUCAGAGCUGUGGAUAGUAACUUAAUUGACUCGUUCACGUGCUAUUAUUGCCAAUUUGGCCAAGGCCAACCGCAACCACCCCGGCCGGCAAAGUACAACAGAUCUCAGGCUUAUGAUGCCCGCGUGGAUAGUAAUCCAAGCCACUGGCCUACGCUCCAGGAUGCCGGAAACCCACUUCAAACCCAAAUCCAAAGUUCCCACGUUGAUAUACAAGCACCUCCACCAAAGAAGCUGGUGACGUGCGAAAUCAACCGCCUACCCAGCGAAGUAAUCCUACUUAUUCUGGAGCAUCUAGACUUUGAGCACUUGACAAGCUUUGCUGCGGCCUGGCCCAGGGUCAGCGACAUUAUCAAGAACUUUGAUGUUGUCAGACAGCGUGAGCUUCAAUGCUUUUGCCUCAAGGAGAAUUACCAGUCUGUGAGUCUCGGCGUGGGCGUAUCAAUCGAUCGUGGCCAAAUAGCUUCGGAAUUUGACCUCAUUUCGCGGGAAGCCUAUAGGUCUUGGAAUAUUCGUGAGUCCGUCAACAAUAUCCAUUUCGACCACUGGCUUGCUUUGCCUAUCUCACCUGGGCAUUGGAAGCGGGUUAAGGGGUAUGUCAAAAUCUCUCUGGAUACGAUGGUACAGAAAAUCAAGAAUAAGGGGUCAUUUUCCGAAGCUCAAGUACUAUUUACGUUUAUGAAUGAUGUCGUUGUUCGACUCAAUCAAGUAACAGAAGCCCCUACUUAUCACCAUUCUCCCAAGACCAACCUUCGUCACGCGUCAGAGAAGGCUAUCGAUUCCUAUUUCCACCUAUUCCACUUAUUAGUAUGCCUUGCCACAGAGGAUAGCACGCUGGUUAAGCACGCAAAUUCUCUACUGCAAAACUUCAUGAGUGGAAAGCGAUCCAAAGUAGAGUGUCCUAAUUUGGGACAUCUCCUCAUAGCCUUAUUAAUAUCUGACGUCGAGGUUACCGAAGAGCUUAAAAAAGCAAUAAUAACCGAAGCGAUUACAAGAAACGUGGUCUGGCUCUUCGACAAGAAAGGAGCCGACAUGCCCGAACUUUCAUACCUAGAGAGGGAUCCAAUAUCAGCUUAUCGCCUAGAUCAGACUUUCCGAGGCUCUCGAACCUCUUAUCGGCUCCUAAUGUUCUCGGAGCUGUUCAGGCGCACCGCACGGCCUUCCCACGAGAAACCCUUGAGCCAAGUUCGCGACGAGCUAUUCGACCGUCACGGUGCUCCCCCCCAUAAUGCAGCCAAAGAACUAGCAGAAACAGUUCGACGCCUACACACCAUUAACGAUUUCCCAGCUUUUCUCAGAGAAAUGGGCAUCCAUAAAGUGCCGGAUGCCGGGACUUUCACCGACCUACUACGGAAGACUGUUAGGUCCAGCAUGGAAAGGGGUUACUCUACAUUGGGGAUACCAAAUAAGUAUGCACUUUUGUUGCGGGUCAAGAAGGAUUCGCAUGUGUCUGUGACUGAUGAAGAGGUUGAGUGGCUGAAGGUAAAUGGGAAUAUAGAUGGUACCAUAAUGUUGCGGAGCUUCUUCCCAAACAACAACAAUUCGCGAAACCAUCGAAACCGAACAAGCAGAUGAGCUAUACAAACUGGCUAGCAUUCUCGGUGUGGUGGCUGC